ACUGGCAUAGUCGCUGCGGCUUGGUCCUCACAGCAACCUGCUGCAUAUGUAGUUAUUAUUUAGUUAGUUAGUUGAUGGGUUAGUCCACUUAUUGCUCCUAGUCCUAGCUAGACUAUGCGUUCAUGGUUGGAAUGCAACUCAUCUAUACCCUUCAACUCUUUCGUAGUUUGUAGAAUAUUCAACUACUGAGGUGAAUCAAGGGUUAAGAAAAGUGAAACUCAAUCUGACAAACGAAACCUGGGACCCUUGGAUAUUUCUGGAUAUAUCUCCUCCAAACUUUACUAGUUACAUUUUUGGACAUUGCGAAGCAACACUGCAAUUUUUUCAUUUCUAGCAACUAAUAACGACCUACUAGUAGUGGGAAAUAAUAGCUGUGAUAAUCUCCAAGGGGGAAACAUUCAAGCAAAUAUGGCGACGGCCGCAGUAAAACAAUCGCAAAUUCUUAACGUAUCGGGAGAUUCGUCUACGUAUUUUGACUAUUCGUCGGUCGAAUUGGAGGACCCCCCACGAUUCCUCCCCUACGAUUUCGAAGUUUACGAUUGGAAGGAGUGGUGUCGAUAUAUGAGUGUCAAAUGGCACUUUUGCCUUAUUGCUGGAGUCAUUUACAUCAUCACCAUCUUUGGGCUCAAGGCGUUCAUGUCCACGAGGAAAGCACUAGACCUGAAACGAGAACUUUUCCUCUGGAAUUUAACACUAGGAAUUUUUUCAAUAGUCGGAUUUAUUCGCACUGCUCCAGAAUUUUUUUUCGUGCUGUCCAGUGAAAAUGGAUUUUAUAAAACUAUUUGCGAAAGGAGCGGAGGCAACAUGCCACUUGCAUUCUGGUCACUCGCCUUUAUCCUCUCGAAAUACGUUGAGCUUGGAGAUACCGUUUUUAUCGUUCUGCGGAAGAGGCCUUUAAUUUUUCUGCAAUGGUAUCAUCAUCUUAUGACAAUGGUCAUGUGCUGGAUUAGUGCUCCUUACCUGGAACCAAUUUCUCGAUAUUAUGUGGUCAUGAACUAUGCAGUUCACAGUUUGAUGUACCCAUAUUUUGCUCUGAAAGCCAUCAACAUUCAGAUCCCCCGUUUCGUCUCGAACGUGAUAACAACUUGUCAGUUGACACAAAUGAUUGUUGGACUUUUCGUAAACAUGUACACCGUGUACCUCAUUAAUGGGGCCGAAGCUGACUGUUAUCGUCACCAGGUGAGUAUGAGACUGAGCUUCGUCGUCUACGGAUCUUUUACGGUUCUUUUUGGAAAACUCUUCAACGACGUGGUCGCCAAAUCCAGGACAAUUCCUAAAACAAAAUCGUCAUAAUGACACGAGCUACGAAUUAUUAUUACGCUUCCUUUUGCCACACGCGAGUUUACCUUUGGGUUUGCACAUUACUGCGACAAAUAACGACAUCAAUAUUCAUGACACAAAAGCAAUGUUUUCAUUUUCUAUGUUUGAACUAUUAUUGUAAGUAACCAGUAUUAGCGUCAAGUAAUCUACGGUGAGUGAAUGGGUUGGGCAUGGUUGUCACUUUCGACGUACGACACACACGGUCACAAAUGGGUGAAUGCAUACUAAGGGUUAUACUUAAGUAUUGGUAUACGAGCGAUAAGGAGUGGUCCGAAUGCCUACAUACGUGAGCCAUAUUUUUUUUAUUUAAGGAUUUAAUUUAUUUUUGUACUGUAGUCUUCGCUUACGUAAUAAAUUAUCAUAAAUUAUUUAAAUAAACAUUAUAAAUCUGA